GUAUCGUUUACCUGAGAAUCGAUAUUUUUCUCGAUACGACUCGCUUUUGAUGGAUCGUUUUUUCCUGCGAUAUAAAUCUCGUUUCUAACGGUUAUUUCGCCUGAAGAAGAACGGUUUAGUCGCGUCAAGUAAUUGUAAUAAAAGAUCCCUUAUCGAUAAAAUUGUAAGUAGAAUACGAAGCAACAACAAUUGGAAUCGAGCUUUCUGAAUAAACGUACUAGGAAGCCGUAUAAACCAUCGUCGAGUAGAUUCUUGUAAGAAAUUCAGUUCGUAUCGAUGAUGUAAGAACGAUCGAUGGCCAAGAAGCACAGUAGGCGUCGUAUUUUUGAAACGGCGCAGUGACAGAUAACGUGUCGGUAGCGAACGGUACCGAGCAAGAAGAAGGCGUUGAUGAUGUUGGGCGAGAGAGGAAUGGACGAAGUAAAUUACCGGUAAAUUAACAGCGUCAAGGAGGAUUGGCGUUACGAUGAAAAAGUGGUUGAAGUGGUUGGUAACUGGGCAGAUUCUUUGGCUGGCUCGGCAAGAAUCCUGAGAAGCGAAGAGCGAAGAAGAGAGCUUAGGUUGGAUGGUGCCGCGGGUCGGUGCCAUUUAAACCGUUUUCGAGAGGACCGAAUAGAUUUUCCUACCGAAAGAAAGAGAAAAAGAAAAUCAGCGAGAAAGUUCUCGAGUACGAAAGGGUUAGGGUGGCGCGCCACCCGAGAAUUUGGCGGUAAAGGGCGGUGCGAAGGCGGCCCGACACCAUGGGGGUCGCCGACGAUUUCGCGCCGAGCUUCACCCAGAAGCCGCAACUCCGGCAAGAAGACGACGGGAACCGGUUGAUAUUCGAGUGUCAGCUAAUCAGUUCGCCGAAACCGGACAUAUCCUGGUAUCGUAGCGACACAGAGCUUAGCCAAGAUGCUAGGACCAAGUUUCGAAUGCAGAGCAUCGGCACGAACAAGUUCCUCGUCGUCUUGGAGCUCGACGACGUUAUCGAAACGGACGCUGGACUGUACAAGGUCAAGGCCAAGAACAAGAUGGGCGAGGUCGCCGCUUCGAUUAACCUGAACUUUAGCCCUGUCGAUGAGCCUAGGGAGAAACAAAUCGAUGGUAUCGCGCCAACUUUUGCGAAAAAGCCUGCUAUUAGACAAGAAGACGAUGGUAAACGAUUACUUUUCGAAUGUCGCAUCACAGCCGAUCCGACGCCAAAAGUUACGUGGUUUCACGAUGGAAAUAUGGUUAAAGAUUCACCGAGGCAUAAGCUCACCGUUGACAAAGACGGCCACUCGUACUUCGCGACUUUGGAAAUCAAAAAUGUGACUGUAGAGGAUGCUGGCAAAUAUAAGGUCACCGCGAAGAACGAGCUCGGCGAAUCUAAUGCUACUAUUUCCUUAAACUUCGAUAGCGACGAGGCACCCGUACCCGACGACGGUAUUAAACCGACCUUCACCGAACGACCGGUGAUCAGGCAAUCAGACGACGGUAACACCAUCACCUUCGAAUGUCGAUUAGUUGGCGACCCAAAACCAAGCGUCAAGUGGUAUCACGGUAGCGAGGAGGUGAAAGAAGGAGGAAGAAUCAGCAUGUCGCUGGAACUCGAUCAGAAAUUGUACCAUCUGGUGAGAUUAAAGAUCGACAACGUGGCGAAGGGGGACGCAGGCGAGUACAGAGCGGUCGCGAAGAACAAACACGGCCAGGGAGUGGCAACGAUCAAUCUAAACUUCGAGGGGGGCGAUAAAUUAAAAAUACCGGACGGUAAGCCGCCGCGUUUCCCAAAGAAGCCAACGAUUCGACAAGAAGGAGACAUCCUGAUCAUGGAGUGCGUGUUGGAAGCGCACCCGGUGCCGGAGAUAACCUGGUACCAGGGCCAGAAAUCGAUCAGCGACAGCAAACGCGUGAAGAUGUCACGCAAGGCAACCGGAAAGGACACUUACUUGCUCACGCUCGAGAUUUCGAAUCCGACCAAGGCUGAUGGUGGAAAUUAUCGAUGCAACGCGUUUAACAACUUUGGCGAAAGUAACGCCAACAUCUCCCUCAAUUUCCAAGAAGAAGGACCUGGUUUCGCACCGACGUUCGUCGAGAAACCCCGCAUCAUUCCGAACGAAACCGGUACCUUGAUCACGAUGAAGUGCAAGUGCAAGGCCAAUCCAAAGCCUGAGGUUACGUGGUUCCGCGGUAACAACGUCGUCAAGGAAUCGUCCAAGAUCUCGAUCAAGACGAAGACCGUGGAAGAGGACGUUUACGAAUUGAUCAUGGAAAUUAAAGAUCCCUCCGCACCGGAUGGUGGUACUUACAGGUGUCACGUGAAAAACGAAUACGGCGAAAGUAAUGCAAACUUGAAUUUGAACAUCGAGGCUGAGCCCGAACCGGAAGGAGACGGACCGACGUUCGUCGAGAAGCCGCGUAUUCAGUCUCAGAAUCAGGGUAAAUUAGUGAUCAUGGAUUGCAAAGUAAAGGCGAAACCAAAACCGGAAAUCGUGUGGACCCACGCGGGUUCGGUGGUAAAAGAAUCCUCGAAGAUCUCGAUCAGCAUCGUUCAAGAAAAAGAAGAUAUAUAUUAUAUUAAACUGUCCUUGAACGAUCCUGGUCCAGAAGAUUCGGGUCUUUAUAAAUGCAACAUCAAGAACGCUCUUGGAGAACUAAACGCCAAUCUAACGCUUAACGUUGAAAUUAUACCCGUGAUUAAAGAGAAACCGAAAGUCGUGAAAAUCGUAAAAAAGAAAACGGUUAUAGUCGAGUGUCACGUUCUUUCCAAGUUCGCACCAGAUUGUACCUGGUUCAAAGAAACGCAAGCGGUCAGAGAGGACACCAGACACAAAGUGCACGUCGAACAAGUGAAAGAGGGAGAAUUUGCUGUCAAAUUAGAAAUCGAACAAGUGUCAUCCUCUGACAAAGGUGUCUACAAAUUAGUAGCACGCAAUGAGAAAGGUGAAGCAACAUCCCAAGUUGUGGAGGUUACAGAAAUUAUGGAAGAAGGCGAGAAGCCUAAAAUAGCGUCCGGUUUGAAAUCGGCGACGAUCGAGGAAGGCAAAUCGAUCGAAUUUGUCGCUAGCCUCUCGAAACAAGACCGCAAAGUAACUAUCACCUGGUAUAGAGAUUCCACGGUAGUUAAAGCUUCCAAGGACAUCAUGAUAUCCUUUAAUGGUACCGACAUGAAACUGAAUAUCACAUCUGCUACCACUUCGUUCUCCGGAACUUACAAAGUCGUCGUCACUAACGAAUACGGUCAAGACGAGUCAUCUGCCCGAUUGGUCGUUAAGCAAAAAGAAGAAAAGAAAGAGGAAGAAGAGGAAGAAAAGAAAAAGAAGAAGGUUGAAAAGAAGAAGGAAGAGGAAAAGAAAGAAGAAAAGAAGGAGGAGAAGAAGGAAGAGAAAAAGGUGGAGAAGAAAGAAGAAAAGAAAGAGGAGAAGGAUAUACCUGACAAGAGACCGAACGGUAUUCACAAAUCUGCUUCUAAGAAGAAAGCGGAAGUUAUUCAGAAGGACGAAGAAAUUGCAAAUAAUGUUGAAGAAAGGAAACCGCUAAAGAAGAAACCGGAGGAGAAAAUUGAAGAAAAGAAGGAAAUAGAAAAGAAAAAGGUGGUGAAGAAGGCAGAAGAAAAGAAGGAGGAGAUAAAAGCAGAAAAAACGGUAGCUCGUAAGCAGUCUGUCAGUAGGAUCGAAGAAUUACGAACAGAAAGUCGAAGAAGUUCAUUGGUAUCCACUGAGGAAAAGAUAGAUGAAGAUGGUUACUCAUCACGACGCUCUUCUAUUCAAAAGACUGAAGAGGAAGUUAAGACGGAAAGUCGACGAUCUUCCAUCAUUGGACAGAAAGUGACGACAGAAAAGGCAGGAACAGGUAGUCCAAAGAUUAGGUCCGCAAUUACAUAUCCACAAUUCGCAAAGGAUGAGCCGUAUAUGAAAUAUCUUGUAUUUAGACGAAAAUCAGAAUAUGAGUCUAAGAUUUUGCCAAACGAAAAUAUUAUUAAGAGAACUAGGCCUGAACGUGAGGAGGAGAUCGAGGAUAUUUGGGCGUCGAUGCCAAGAGAUUCUGAAAUAAAACUCAUUAGAAGAACAGAGGAUUCUCCCAAAAUAAUUUCCAAAACGCGCGAAGAUAAUAGCAGAGUGAAUACAAAAUAUUUACCAGUUACACACGAAUCUCAUGAAAAACCGAAUGUCAAGGAUGAUUUACCAUCAGAACGUAUUGGGCGCGAUGAAUCCACAUUGUUACACGAGCCUAGGCCACGUACACGUAAACCUGUCAAAGAUGUUGAGGUUCAAUCAGAAUCCAGCAAAUGUCAGAAGAAAGUAAUUAGCAAUGGCGAGGAUACUCCGAUAUCGAAAUUUAAUUCGCAAUCAUACAAAUCUGAUGACGAAAUAGAGGACAUUUGGGCGGAUAGGCCUCAAGAUCGCGAAAUCAAACCUAUUUGGAAAGAGGUACCACAAAAAUCUAUCACAAAAUUAUCACAAACACAACCAGAAGUGCUCGAGGAUGUCUGGAAACCAAAUGAUAAAUCUGAUACGUUAAAACCUAAAUCAAAAUCAAAGUCACGCUCAUCAAUAUCGGCUGACAAUGUAGAGGGGGAGAUUAAACCGAAAUUAAAAACAACUCGCAAAAAAACCGAAACGGACAAGAAAGAGGGACCGAAACCAAAAUCUGCCGCUCGCAAAAGUGACGAUGCGAGCAAGAAAAAAGUAUCAGUCAUCAGACGUAGGUCUUCAACAAAAUCCACAGAAGGGUCUAAGGAUGAAGAACCUAUGAUAGAUUCGAAAGAAAAGGAUACUAUAGCUGAUGAAACUAAGAAGGCGGAAGUCGUCAGUAAAAGCAAGAUUGUCGGAAAGGAAGAAAAGAAGGAGGAAACCAAAUCCGAACCCAAACCUAAACCUACACCUAAAGUAGAGGAACCUAAGAAGGUAGAACCCACGAAACCACAGGCCACUCUUGGUAAACCGGAAGAGCCCAAGAAAGAGGAACCCGUCACGAAACCGAAAACUACACUUGGCAAACCCGAAGAGGCAAAGAAGGAAGAACCCGUCACGAAACCUAAAACUACACUUGGUAAACCUGAGGAAGCUAAGAAGGAAGAACCCAUGAAACCUAAGUCCACACUUGGUAAACCUGAACCACCUAAGACCGAGGAAACCAGAAAGCUCAGUCUCAAACCUGGAACAAAGAUGGAGGUAGAAGCCAAGACGUUGAACAAAGUAGAGCUCAAACCAACGGCGAACAAGGCUGGCGAGGAGAAAUCAGGACUACGUAAACCGCCAAAAUACGAAAUUAAAGCAGAGAACUUUCAAUUUGUUCAACUCAAACCGGUUGCCAGGGAGCCUAAAAAGCCUCAACAGGCUGAAAAUGGAAAUGUGGUCGAGUUGAAGAAAACCGAGAAGAUCGAGAAGGUUGAAACUAAGAAAGCAAAAACCGCCAAGUCUUCGAAGGAGAAGAAUUACGAACUUCCAGAGAUUCCAGAUUACGAAAGACCUGUGUUGGAGAAGCCUCGAGAGUUUGAUUUCGGCGAACAUGUACCUCGCGACAAAACAAAGCUCGAUAGACCGGCCACUCAGAAAUUCGAUUCUAAGCCGAAGGUGCCAGAGAUCAAAGCACCCGAGACACCGAAGAUCGAAGUUAUCAAAGACGUAACACCGACUGGAAGCAGAAAGAGUUCUCUAAUACCUGGCAGUGGUACUACCAGUCGACGCGGCUCCUUGAUUCCACCGGAAGAAUUGGGUCGCAGGCCCAGCCUUAUCAUCAGUGACGAGGAGAAUAGGAAGCUGCGACCUGGCGAGGUGGUGGACGAGCGCAAGUUGGGAAGGUUACGCCCCGGCGAGGUGUUGGAGUCUAAGAAUAAGUCUGGCCGUCCUGGCGAACUGCAAGGGAAAGAGCGUCGUCGUCCGAGCACGGACGUUAGAAGACCCAGCGUGGCGGACCUCGAGAAUAAGAUCAAUCAGCCGAGCACACCUCUUCGAGAUGUCGGACCACCGGGACCACCUCAGAUCGUCGAUGUCCAGGAAUCUUAUUCCGCCGUCGAAGACUCGACGGCGUACCUCACGGUGGGAGUGGAGGGUACGCCGGCACCGACCUUCAAGUUCUACAAGGGCAUCACCGAGAUCAUCGAAGGUGGUCGAUUCAAGUUCCUUACGGACACGGAGACGAAUACGAUCACCCUCUGCAUGAGGAAGACGAAACCCAACGACGAGGGUACUUACAAGAUCGUCGUGAGCAACAUCCAUGGCGAAGAUUCGGCCGAGAUGCAGCUCUAUGUUUCCGACGCCAGUGGUAUGGACUUCCGUGCUAUGCUGAGAAAGAGAAAGUAUCAGAAAUGGGCGAGAGAGGAACAAGAACAAGAAAAGGUAGACCUGAAGGAAGUUGAAAAACCAAUGCCAGCAUUGAAGAAGGUGGAGAAGAAACCGGAAAGCUUCCUAAAACCACUGGUGGAUCAAUACGCCAAAGAAGGCAAAGACAAGAAGGUCGUAUUCGAGGCGAACUUCUCGAAACCGAACUGCAAACCAAAAUGGUUCUUCCGAAAAGACGAACUGUUCCCUUCAGCCAAGUACAAGUUCAAGAACGAAGAGGACUGCUACCAGCUGAUCAUUCUCAAUCCGAAAGUCGAAGACACAGGCAAAUACACCAUCGAAAUUUCUGGUGUUUCGAGCACAGGCUUCCUCAAUGUCGAAGAACCGGAUCCAACAUAUACGUUUACCAAACCUCUUGCAAAGAAGUCGAGCGGUUAUACCAAGCACGAAGUGUACAUGGAAUGUACCGUCAGUUCGAAUUUGGCACAGGUUUCAUGGUACAAAGGAAAAACCAAACUCGAGGAUGGUGAUACGUACAGCAUAUCAAAGGACAUGAGUGGCGUUUGCCGAUUGACCAUAAAGAGCGCUACCCUCGAAGACAGUGGCGAUUACAUUUGUAAGAUUAGCAAACAAACCGACAAGACUGAAACGACUCUAACCGUAAUCGAAUAUCCGUACAAGUUCGUGAAGGUACUGAAGCAUCAACAGCUCGUAGAGAAGGAAACGUUGACCCUGGUCUGCGAGUUGGACGAUGCUGCUGGCGAAGUUAAAUGGUUCAAAGGUGACCAGGAGAUCGUAGCUGAUAAGAGGGUACAGAUCAAAGAAGAAGGCAGAAAGAGAAAGCUCAUCAUCAAAGAUACAAAAGUUACCGAUGCUGGUCUUUACUCCUGCGUGAGCAACGCCGACAAAACGGAAGCUGAAAUAGUUAUAAACUAUGCGAACCGUUUCAACAAGAAACUAAAGGACACAGUGGCCGUGGAAAGAGAAAAAUUGGUGCUGGAUGUGGAACUUCAAGAUCAAACGGCGCCAGCCGUGUUCUUUUUCAAUGGCAAUCCGAUCGAACCGAACGAGAGGGUCGAGGUGAAGAAUUUAGGCGGUGGCAAACACCAGUUGAUCUUCAAUAAGGUAGAAAUGAGCGACGACGGUGAGAUCACUUGCGAGAGUGGACAGUUAAAGAGCAGCUGUAAGCUCACGGUUAAGAAAGGCGAGAGCAAACCUAUCUGUGAAGUUCCUGACAAAGUUGAAGGACCUUGCAGCGCACCACUCGUUUUCGUUGUUCCUUUCAAGAUCGAAGGCACGAAACAAAGCCAGGUAGAAGCUAAACUGAUGAAAGAUGGUAAACCACUACCAUUGAAGGAAGUAGAGGUGGUCGUAGGCGAAGACAAGAUCACCUUCAAGAUCAAGAAACCUUCUCGCGAUCAAUCUGGCAUUUACCAGAUUAAGAUUGGUAACAGCCAGGGAGAAGAAGUGAAGGAUGUGAAUAUUAACAUGCAAGACGUGCCAUCGGCGCCCACCGACGUUGACGUAAACGAGAUCUUCCAAAAUUCCUGCGUGGUAUCUUUCAAGCCAUCGAAAGACGAUGGUGGAUCUCCUAUCACGAAAUACGUGAUCGAACGUCUCGAUCUCAGCUUAAAGGCGCAAUGGGACAGCGUUGGCGAAGUUAUGCCUGGCGAAAAGUGCGUUUACAAGGUUCAAGAUCUCGUCGCAAAGAAAGAAUACAAAUUCCGUAUCAGGGCAGUGAACAAACUCGGUUCCAGCGAACCUGCGAUGUUCGCGAAACCUGUUCUCGCCAAAGAUCCUUGGGACGAACCAGGUAAACCAACAAACGUGGACGUUACCGAUUGGGACAAGGAUCAUGCUGACUUGAAGUGGACAAAACCAGAUAAUGAUGGCGGAGCACCUAUCACUGGUUACGUAAUUGAAUACAAAGAAAAGUUUGGCAAGGAAUGGGUAAAGGGUAAAGAAAUCGAAGGAGACGCGACGGAAGGAACCAUCGACGGCUUAAAAGAGGGUACCCAAUACGAAUUCAGGAUCAGAGCCGUGAACAAAGCUGGUCCUGGUGAGCCUUCGGACGCGACAAAACCAAUCAUAGCCAAGUGUCGGUUCGUCAAACCCUACAUCGUCGGCGACGGUCUCACGAAUCUGAUCGUUAAGAAAGGACAAGUUAUCAAGUACGAUAUCAAAUAUGCUGGAGAACCAGAACCAGAAGUGCACUGGUUCCUUGGAACAAAAGAACUUGUCCAAGAUUCCGCUGAGAGAAUUACGAUCGACAAAUAUGAGAGGAACACCGUACUCACCGUUAGAAAGACGACUCGGCCAGAUUCUGGCAAAUACAAACUGGUCCUGACGAACAGUUCUGGAACCUGUGAAAGCACCGCAGACGUCGUUGUUCUCGACAAACCUUCUAAACCGAAAGGCCCAUUGAAAGUGGAGGAAGUGCGCUCCGAUCACGUUAAGGUGAAAUGGCAGAAACCAGAAGACAACGGUGGUACUGACAUCACCGGCUACGUUCUGGAGAAAAUGGACAUGGACACGGGACGAUGGAUUCCUGCCGGCGAAGUAGGACCUCACGAAGACAAUUUCACUUUUAGCGGACUAACUCCUAAAAAGAAGUACAAGUUCCGUGUAAAAGCUGUUAAUAAAGAGGGUGAAUCCGAACCACUCGAGGUGGACGAAGCAAUUCUCGCUAAAAAUCCUUAUGACGAGCCUGGUAAACCGGGUAAACCGGUGAUCUUCGAUUACGACAACGUCAGUGUGACCCUGAAAUGGGAGAAACCGGAAAGCGACGGUGGUAGACCGAUCACUCAUUACACCGUCGAGAUGAAAGACAAAUUCGCAGUCGACUGGGUCGAAGUAACGAAAACUACCGACGCCACUCCUGAAGCAAAGGUCGAGGGUCUCAAGGAAAAGAUGGUUUAUCAGUUCCGAGUCCGUGCCCACAAUAAAGCAGGUCCUGGUGAGCCUAGCGAACCUACGGACAACCAUCUUUGCAAGCACAAGAAUCUGAAACCAAGGAUCGACAGAACCAAUUUCAAAUCCAUAAUCAUCAAGGCUGGUCGUACACACAAAUGGUCCGUGGACAUCAGCGGAGAGCCACCACCAGAAGCGAAAUGGAUCUGGAGAGACAAUAUUCCGCUAACGACCACCGAACGCAUCAAGAUCGAGAACGUCGACUAUCACACGGACUUUACGAUCGUGAACGCGAUGCGCAAAGACACUGGAAAAUAUACCCUGAUCGCUGAGAAUAGUAACGGCAAAGACGAAGAAACCGUAGAACUUACGGUGCUCGGAAAACCAAGCCCGCCAAAGGGUCCUUUGGAAGUGACCGACGUUACUGCCACUUCGGCCAAAGUCAAGUGGGAGAAGCCAGAAGACGACGGUGGUGUUCCCAUUAAAGAAUACGAGAUCGAGAAGUUGGAUACGAAAACUGGCAAAUGGGUCAGGGUGGGAAAAAUUCCAGGAAACUCGCCGCUUACGGAAUUCGAGGUAACCGGCUUGAACCCAGGCAGCGAGUACAAAUUCCGCGUUACUGCUGUCAACGAUGAAGGUGAUUCUGAACCACUCGAAAGCGAACGCGGAAUCAUCGCUAAGAAUCCAUAUGAUGAACCUCACAAACCAGGAACACCAGAAAUCACUGAUUACGAUAACGAGUCUAUCAGUUUGAAGUGGACCGCUCCGGACAGCGAUGGUGGUGCACCGAUCGAAAAGUAUAUAAUCGAGAAGAAAGAUCGCUAUAAACCAGACUGGGAGAAAGCUAUGGAGGUUCCUGGAAAUCAACUCGAAGCCAAAGUUGCCGACCUGAAGGAACGAGGAGAAUAUCAAUUCAGGAUUAUCGCUGUGAACAAAGCUGGCCCGUCUCCGCCGUCUGACGCUUCGAAGAUGCAAAUUUGCAAACACAAAUCUCUGAAACCGAGAAUCGACCGUACAAACUUGAAACCUAUUACCGUAAGAGCUGGCAAGACGAUCAAGUACGAUGUAGACGUCCGUGGUGAACCACCACCAGAGAUCACCUGGUAUCACGUUAACCAGGAGGUGAAAAGCGGUGAAAAUAUUGAAAUCGUCAACGUUGAUUAUAACACGAAGAUCACUAUUACCGACUGCUUACGCAAGAACACUGGAGUUUGGAAGAUUAAAGCUGUAAACCCUCAUGGCGAAGACGAAGCCGAAGUUGAAGUUAUCAUACUUUCGGCACCCGGAAAACCAAAGGGUCCUCUGAAAGUAUCCGAUGUAACAAAGAAUGGAUGCAAGUUGAAAUGGGACAAACCGGAAGACGAUGGUGGAAAACCAGUGACCAGUUACCAAGUCGAGAAGCUGGACAAAUCAACCGGAAGAUGGGUUCCAGUUGGACGUACUUCUGACACCGAAAUGGACAUUAAGGGCCUCCAGGAAGGCCACGAAUACGAGUUCAGAGUGAAAGCUAUCAACGAAGAAGGGGAAUCCGAACCAUUGGUCACCGAUGGCACGAUUCUCGCAAAGAAUCCUUACGACGUGGCCAGCAAGCCUGGUGUACCAGAGUUCGAGGACUGGGAUGUGGAUCGCGUCGAUCUGAAGUGGGAGCCACCAAAGAACACCGGAGGUGCACCGAUUACUGGUUACAUUAUUGAGAUGAAAGAGAAACCAUCCACGCAGUGGCAGGAAGCUACCGUGACUGAAUCACCGCAGCCGAAAGGGCGCGUUACCGGAUUGAAGAAAGGUUCCGUUUAUCAAUUCCGUGUUCGAGCUGUUAAUAAAGCUGGACCAUCCGAACCUAGCGAUUCAACGAAACCGCAUGUUGCAAAGGCACGACACUUAAAACCACACAUCAACCGUGAGAAACUGCAAACGAUUAAAGUUAGAGCUGGGCAAAUGGUGAGGCUGGAAGUGGACGUCGAAGGUGAACCUCCUCCAACUAUUACCUGGAACUUUGCUGGUGCUGUUCUGCAGACUGGUGCCAACGUAAAGAUCGACAACGAAGAUUAUCUUACAAAAAUUCAUUUAACCCAGACUAGUCGCAAAAACAGCGGCAAAUACACCAUCAAAGCUGUUAAUGAUUCUGGAGAGGACGAAGCUGACGUGGAAAUUAUCAUUCUCGAUAAACCUGGAAAGCCCGAAGGUCCUCUAGAAGUGACGGACGUUCACAAGGAAGGAUGCAAGCUGAAAUGGAACAAACCAAGGGACGAUGGUGGUUUACCUUUGUCCAGUUACGUGAUCGAAAAAAUGGACGUGACCACAGGUCGCUGGGUACCAGCUGGAGUCGUAGAUCCUGAUAAAACAGAGCAUGCAAUUACCGGUUUAGAACCGGGUAAAAAAUACGAGUUCCGCGUGAAAGCUGUAAACGAGGAAGGAGAGUCGGAGCCAUUGCAAACAGAUACUGCCAUCAUUGCUAAAAAUCCAUAUGACGCUCCUGCCGCUCCUGGUCUUCCGGAGAUCAUCGACUGGGCCGAGAACAUGGUCAAGCUUAAAUGGGAACCACCUAUACGAGACGGCGGCGCCCCCAUUACCGGUUACAUUAUCGAGAUGAAAGAUAAGUUUGGUAACACAUUCGUGAAAGCUGCCGAAGUUCAAGGUCCGGUUUGCACCGGAACUGUGACCAGAUUAGAAGAAGGAAAUCAAUAUCAAUUUAGGGUUCGAGCAGUAAACAAAGCCGGCCCCGGUGAACCCUCCGAAGCUACCAAUCCUCACACUGCCAAAGCUCGUUGGUUGAAACCGUUCAUCGACCGUACCAAUUUGCAACCGAUAACGGUCAAAGUCGGUCUUACCGUGACUCUGGACGUGAAUAUCAUCGGAGAACCACCUCCAAAUGUAACCUGGUAUUUCGGCGAUAAAGAACUCACGUCCGACGAUACAAUACGAAUCGACAAUAUCGAUUACAACACUAAAUUCUUCAUCUUGAAAACCAAACGAACUCAAACCGGAAAGUACGUAAUCAAAGCGAAGAACGAAGUCGGCGAAGAUUCAGCGGAAGUCGAGAUAUUGGUCAUUGGUAGACCGAGCAAACCAAAGGGCCCUCUAGAAGUGUCCGAUGUUCAUAAACACGGUUGCAAGCUAAAAUGGGAGAAACCCGAAGACGACGGUGGUGUACCAGUCGAAUACUAUGAAAUCGAAAAGUUGGAUCCUCUUACCGGCCAAUGGAUUCCUUGUGCAAAGUCCACUGAACCAGAAGUCGCGGUAACUGGACUUCAGGAAGGGAAACCCUACAAAUUCCGUGUGAAGGCAGUAAACAGAGAGGGCGAAUCAGACGAAUUGGAAGCAGACAAAUCCAUUAUUGCCAAGAAUCCAUUCGACGAACCUGGCAAACCUGGUCGUCCAGAAAUCAAGAACUGGGACAAGGACUUUGUCGAUCUUGAAUGGACGCCGCCUAAAGAUGACGGCGGAGCUCCAAUCGAAAAGUACAUUGUGCAAAUGAGAGAUAAGGAAGGAAGACAGUGGAUAGACGUUGCAAAGGUUCAAGGAGAUCGCACGGUAGCUAAAGUUAUCGAUGGCAUCGAGGAGGGUCACGAAUACGAGUUCAGAGUGGUAGCUGUCAACAGAGCUGGUCCUGGAGAACCUAGCGAUACCUCGAAGAGCGUUGUGGCCAAACCACGAUUCUUGGCGCCACGCAUCGAUCGCAAAAAUCUGCAGAAGAAGGUGAUGCGAGUCGGACAGUUGCUGCGAAUCGAAGCAGAUAUACAGGGUGAACCUCCUCCAAUUGUCACUUGGAAACUCAAAGACGCUGUGCUGAAGAGCAUGGAUCGUUUGAAGAUCGAAAACGAAGAUUAUCACACUACCUUCAUCAUGAGCAAAUUGCAAAGGUCCGAUACCGGAACGUACACGGUGAUUGCGAAAAACGACAGUGGUACCGAUCAAGUCGACGUUGAAAUCCAAGUACUAAGCAAACCUGGCAAACCUAAAGGACCGCUCGAAGUAUCGAACGUGACCGCAGAAGGAUGCAAGCUGAAAUGGGAGAAACCCGACGACGACGGUGGCGAACCAGUGGAUCACUACGUGAUCGAGAGAAUGGACGUGGAUACCGGAAGAUGGGUGCCUUGUGCCACGAGCAAAACUCCGGAAGCAGAUGUCACUGGACUGAACGAAGGAAAGGACUAUCUGUUUCGAGUUAAGGCCGUCAAUUCUGAAGGAGAAUCCGAACCCUUGGAAACGGCUAUUCCUACUACAGCGAAGAAUCCUUACACCGAACCCGAUGCUCCUGGCAAGCCAGAUCUCAAGGACUGGUCCAAGCAUCACGUCGACCUGAAAUGGAAAGCCCCGAAGAAAGACGGUGGAGCACCGAUCGAGAAAUACAUAAUCGAAAAGAAAGAUCAAUUUGGUAAAUGGCAAAAAGCGGCUGAAGUUCCUGGAAACAAAACGGAAGGUAGAGUCGAAGAUCUCGUGGAAGGACAAAAGUAUCAGUUCCGCGUAAAGGCGGUGAACAAAGGUGGCCAGAGCAAACCCAGCGAACCAAGCGACAGUUUGGUUGCCAAGGAUCGUUACGCCGCGCCAAAGAUCGAUCGUACAAACCUGAAAGACAUCACGAUCAAAGCCGGUACCCACAUUCGAUUGGACGUGAAGGUCAGUGGCGAACCACCUCCAACGAAGACUUGGUAUCUGAACAAGGCGAAGCAGGAAUCUGCCGGUGUCUUGACAAUCGAGUUGGAAGACUACAGAACAAAGUUCAUCGUGUCGUCGGCUAGCAGAGCUCACUGCGGCACUUUAACAUUGAAAGCGGAGAACAGCUCUGGAAAAGACGAGGCGUCGAUCGAAAUUCUGGUCCUGGACAAGCCUGGCAAACCGGAAGGCCCUCUGAAAGUGUCCGACGUGCACAAAGAAGGAUGCACGCUCAAAUGGAAUCCACCACUGGACGAUGGUGGUGCACCAUUAGAUCAUUACGUGGUCGAGAAAAUGGACACAGAAUCGGGACGAUGGAUCCCCGUAGGACGCACCAAAGAACCGACCAUGGUCGUAGAAAAUCUGGUACCUGGUCAAGAGUACAAGUUCCGUGUUGCCGCCGUGAACGCGGAAGGUGAAUCGGAACCUUUGGAAACGGAUCAUGGAAUCGUGGCGAAAAAUCCAUUCGACGAGCCAGGCCCACCUGGUCGCCCAGAGGCAACCGAUUGGGACAAAGAUCACAUAGACCUAAGAUGGACUCCACCAUUGACCGAUGGUGGAUCUCCAAUCACUGGAUAUGUGAUCGAGAAACGCGAAAAGGAUAGUCCACGCUGGAUAAAGGCUUGCGAAACCGGACCCGAUUGCAAGGGUCGCGUCGACAACCUCGACGAAGGCGUCGAGUACGAGUUCCGCGUAAAAGCUAUCAAUGCCGCUGGUCCUGGUGAACCCUCCGACGCCAGCAAGCCAAUUACAGCCAAGAGUCGACGACUCGCACCAAAGAUUGACCGAAAGAACUUGCGCGACAUCACGGUACGCGAGAACGAAGGAUUCCACUUCGACGUGAAAAUCAUUGGAGAACCACCACCAGACGUCACAUGGGUCAUCAACAACAAGAGUAUUCAACAGACAACGUUCCGUAGGAUACAAAACGUUCCGUACAACAGCAAAUUCUUCAAUGACAAACCUGAGCGAAAAGACAGUGGCAUGUACAAGAUAACAGCGGUGAAUCAAUAUGGAUCUGACACAGCUGAAGUCGAAGUUACAGUUGUCUCUAAACCCGGUAAACCCGAGGGACCGCUCGAAGUGUCGGACAUUCACAAAGAAGGAUGCACGCUCAAGUGGAAGAAACCAAAGGACGAUGGCGGUGAACCGAUCGAAGCGUACCUCGUGGAAAAGUUCGAUCCAGACACAGGUGUUUGGUUACCAGUCGGUAAGACAACUGCACCAGAGAUGAAGGUAGAAGGACUGACACCUGGACACGAGUAUAAGUUCAGGGUGAAAGCGUUGAACAAGGAAGGAGAGUCGGAACCUUUGGAGACUUACAGUUCGAUCGUGGCUAAGGAUCCAUUCACUGUUCCAAGUCCUCCGGGAGCACCGGAACCGGUCGACUGGACUGCCAACCAGGUUGAACUGACUUGGAAAGAACCUGUCAGCGACGGUGGUUCGCCAAUCACCGGGUACAUAAUCGAAAAGAAGGAUAAGUACAGUACAAUGUGGGAGAAGGCACUGGAAAUCGAGACACCCAGCACGAAAGCUUUGGUCCAUGGUUUGAUCGAGGGCAACGACUACCUGUUCCGAGUAAUAGCCGUGAACAAAGCUGGUCAAUCGGAACCAGGAGAUGCCAGCAAAACGUUUACGGCUAAGCCACGAUUCUUGGCACCGAAGAUUGAUCGUCGCAAUCUACGGGACGUCACCCUGUCGGCUGGUUCGUUGCUCAGAUUUGACGCUAACGUAAUCGGCGAACCACCACCACACAUCGAGUGGCGAUACGGAGCCAUACCUUUGCACUCGGAUAGAAAAGUGCAAAUCGACAAUUCAGAGUACAGUACCAAGUUCAGCAUUCGUCCCGUGUCGCGCGACGACAGCGGUGAUUAUACAGUCACGGCAAGCAAUUCAUCCGGAAGAGACUCCGUCACGGUACAAGUCACAGUCACCGAUAAACCGAUGCCGCCCGAAGGACCGCUUCAAGUCACGGACGUUCACAAAGAGGGAUGCAAACUGAAGUGGAAGAGACCGAAAGACGACGGUGGUACUCCCAUCGAGUACUACCAAGUCGAUAAAAUGGACCCAGAGACUGGAUGCUGGGUGCCUUGCGGACGCUCUACCGAACCUCUUCUGGAAGUGACGGGAUUGACACCAGGCAAGGAAUAUUUGUUCCGUGUAAGUGCGGUAAAUGCCGAAGGGGAGUCCAAACCUCUGGAAGCGGAACACGCGAUAUUAGCCAAGAAUCCAUAUGACGAACCAGGUAAACCUGGCGAUCUACGAGUCACCGAUUGGGACAAGGACCACGUCGAUCUCAAAUGGACUCCGCCCGAGAGCGACGGUGGCUCGCCUGUCACGGGAUACAUCAUUGAAAAGAAAGACAAAUACGGUGAAUGGGAAAAGGCUCUCGAAGUGCCGGCGGACGAAACAUCGGCAACCGUUCCCGACUUGAUAGAAGGCCAACCGUACGAGUUCCGUGUACGAGCCGUAAACAAAGCUGGCCCCGGCGAGCCUUCCGAUGCGACGCCAACAAUCAUUGCCAAACCGCGAAACCAAGCGCCCAGGAUCGAUCGUACAAAUCUGGUGGAGGUCAGAAUCAAAGCUGGUCAGAAUUUCAGCUUCGACGUGAAGGUUACCGGUGAACCUCCACCAACCACCAAAUGGACGUUGGGCAAACGCGAGGUCAGGCCCACCGAUCGCAUCAAAGUCAAACACGUCGAUUACAACACCACCCUCAGCGUCAGAAUGGCAACCAGAGCUGAAUCUGGUAAAUACACGAUCACAGCCGAGAACAUAAACGGCAUGGACGAGGCAGUGGUCAAAGUGACGGUACUAGACAAACCUAGCCCACCUCAAGGACCGCUUAGAGCAUCGGACGUGCACGCCGAAGGAUGUAAACUAACUUGGAAACCUCCGGAAGACGACGGCGGUCAACCGAUCGAAAAGUACGUCGUCGAAAAGAUGGACGAAACGACCGGUCGUUGGGUACCAGCAGGUGAAACCGACGGACCUGAGACGUCUCUUCAAGUGGACGGGCUCACUCCGGGUCACAAAUACAAGUUUAGAGUACGAGCGGUUAACAAACAAGGCAAAUCGGAACCGCUCACUGCUAUGCAAAGCGUCGAAGCAAAGAAUCCGUUUGACGAACCAGGAAAGCCUGGCACGCCAGUCGUCAGCGAUUACGACUCUGACUUUGUCGAACUUCAAUGGGAUCGUCCUCAAGAAGACGGCGGUUCCCCCAUUACUGGUUACAUCAUAGAGAAGCGAGACAAAUACAGUCCUACUUGGGAGAAAUGCGCGGAAGUCGAGGGUGACGUGAAUCGUGGAAAAGUGAAUGAUCUUGUCGAAGGGACCCAUUAUGAAUUCCGUGUUAGAGCGGUGAACAAAGCUGGACCGGGUGAACCGUCCGACGCUUCUAAAUCCCACUUGGCGCGUCCUAAGAAUCUUCCACCAAAGAUCGACAGGAAGUACAUGUUGGAUGUGAAAGUAAAAGCUGGUGGUUUCUACGACUUUGACGUUCCGGUAAUCGGCGAGCCACCUCCAACCAAGGAAUGGUCGCUAAAGGGUACGGUCAUCAUACCGACGGAUCGUAUCAAAAUCGUCAACGAAGACUACAAUACCAAAGUUCGCGUAAUGGAAGCGAAACGUUCCGAUUCUGGCGUAUACACGUUGGAAGCCAAGAACAUCAACGGCAGAGACAGCGCUACCCUAACCGUGAACGUUCUCGACGUGCCAUCUCCGCCGGAGGGUCCGUUGAAGAUCGACAGCGUGACAAAGAACGGUUGCAACUUGAAGUGGCGAGCACCGAAAGACGACGGUGGCUCGGAGAUACAAUAUUACCAGGUGGAGAAGAUGGACACAGAAAAUAUGCGAUGGGUACCGGUAGCAGAAGCAACGACCACUUAUGCUCACGUCGAUCAUCUGAUCGAGGGACACGAUUAUCAAUUCCGCGUGCGUGCCGUUAACAAACAAGGAGAAUCUCAACCGCUUACCGGUAUGGAUACGAUUACUGCUAAAGAUCCAUUUGAUAAACCUGACAAACCGGGAGCACCGGUCGCUACCGACUGGGACAAGGAUCGCGUCGACCUGGAGUGGGCAGCGCCGAAGAAAGACGGCGGUUCACCCAUAACUGGAUACAUUAUCGAGAAACGACCACGUUUCGGACAAUGGGAGAAGGCGCUCGAGAUCGACGGAAAUAAGACUAACGCUAGAGUACCGGAUCUGAUAGAAGGUCAAGAGUACGAGUUCAGAGUCAUCGCUGUGAACAAAGCUGGUCCUGGUGAACCCUCGGAAGCUUCUGCUCCGAUCGUCGCCAAACCACGAUUCCUUGCUCCAUCUUUCGACCCGCACCUACUGAACGACCUUGUCGUUCGAGCUGGACAGAAGAUCAGCUACAUCAUUCCCAUCCAAGCUUCGCCUAAGCCUGUGGCCACAUGGUCGCUGGAAGGUGCAGUAAUCAUGGCCGAUUCUCGUCACGAAAUGUACACUACUCACACCGAAACUACCUUUGAGAUACCAUUCUCCGUUCGCUCUGAUACCGGUCGAUACACAUUGACUCUCGAAAACGAUCAAGGAAAAUUCAGCGCGAGCGCUAGAGUCACUGUUCUGGACAGACCUUCGCCACCACAGAAACCACUACAAAUUAGCAAUAUUACCAAAGAAGGUUGUCAUUUGACUUGGGGUCAUCCGGCGGACGACGGAGGUAGUCCUAUCUUGCACUACAUUAUCGAAAAGAUGGACCUGUCUCGAGGCACGUGGUCCGAUGCUGGCAUGAGCACGAUACUGAGCCACGAAGUAGCCCGAUUGACGCAUCGCAAAGAGUAUCUGUUCCGAGUUAAGGCUGUUAAUUCCAUAGGAGAAUCCGAUCCGCUCGAAGCACCCAAGAGCAUCGUAGCGAAGAACGAAUUCGACGAGCCAGACGCACCUGGAAAGCCACAGAUUACGGAUUGGGACAAAGAUCACGUGGAUCUGAAGUGGCCAGCGCCAGGCAGCGACGGUGGCUCUCCGAUCACAGGAUACAUUGUUCAAAAGAAAGAGAAGGGUAGUCCUUACUGGGUUAACGCUGUCCACGUACCACCUAAUCAGACAAGCGCAACCGUUCCCGACUUAACGGAAGGACAAGAAUACGAAUUCCGUGUGAUCGCGGUGAACGCAGCCGGACAAUCGGAACCAUCCGAACCGAGCGACCUCAUCACUGCGAAACCUCGUUACCUGGCUCCAAAGAUCAAGACGCCUUUGCAAGACAUCCGCAUCAAGGCUGGCCUCAUCUUUCACGUUGACAUUGAUUUCGUCGGUGAACCAACGCCGGAAGUCAGUUGGACCGUAGGAAGCCAAGAACUGCAAACGACCGAAAGGACGACCGUUACUUCGAUCGGUUAUCACACCAUCGUUCAUACCGUUAAUGCUCAACGAUCCGAUUCUGGCCUGUAUCACCUGUUGCUGAAGAACAGUAGUGGAAUAGACGAAGGUAGUUUCCAGGUGAUCGUUCUCGACAGACCAGGCCCGCCAGAGGGUCCUUUGCAAUACGAAGAGAUCACGAGCCAGUCGGUUACUUUGUCCUGGAAACCACCCAAGGAUAACGGUGGUAGCGAAAUUACUGGAUACGUAAUCGAGAAACGUGAUUUGACUCACGGUGGAGGCUGGGUACCAGCGGUAACCCACGUUAAUCCCAAGUACAACCACGCCACCGUUCCGAGAUUACUCGAAGGUACCACGUACGAGUUCAGAGUGUCCGCAGAAAAUCUUCAAGGACGUUCCGAGCCGCUGACCACCGACCACUCGGUCGUCGCCAAGAACCAAUUCGUUGCACCUGGACAGCCUGGCAAGCCGGAAUGCGUCGACGCAGACAAGGAUCACAUAAAGAUCAGGUGGACAGCGCCCAUCAGCAACGGUGGAUCGAAGAUCAUCGGUUACGACGUGGAGCGUCGCGACCGUGCAACCGGUCGCUGGCUAAAGUUGAACAAAGAGCCUGCGAGGUACGCUGAAUAUUACGAUGAUCACGUAACCGAGGGUCACCAAUACGAGUACCGUGUCACGGCUAUAAAUGCCGCCGGAGCAGGCAAACCUAGCGACACAUCUGCGGUGUUUAUCGCGAAACCGAUGAAAGAGAAGCCGAAGUUGAAUCUCGACGCACUGAUAGGACGUAGGAUCAAAGUUCGUGCCGGAGAACCGAUCAACGUUAACAUUCCAUUGUCCGGUGCUCCAACGCCUACCAUCGAAUGGACCAAAGACUCAAAGCCUCUCGUCGAGACUUUGCGAAUCACUACCGAAACGAAGAGCGACCGCACAAACUUGUCGAUCGAGAAGUCGGUACGGGAAGACGGCGGUCUUUACACGAUUACGGCAACGAACGAGCACGGCAAAGAUUCAGCCGACAUCGAGGUGAUCGUGGUAGACAGACCAGGACCACCCCAAGGUCCUCUUCAAUACACUGGCACCACUCAAGAGUCCGUAUCCUUGUCUUGGAACCGACCACUGGACGAUGGCGGAUCCGACAUUACCAACUACAUCGUCGAAGUAUCGGACUACGGAGCAGACAAUUGGCGUCAAACUCCUGGUUAUUGUCCGAGAACCAGCUACACUGCCAAAGGACUCACCGAGGGCAAAAAGUAUGUCUUCAGGGUACGAGCGGAGAACAUGUACGGUGUUUCGGAACCGUUAGAAGGGAAACCAGUUAUCGCCAAGAGUCCGUACGAUCCACCAGAUGCACCAAGUCAACCCGAAAUCCUUGGCUACACACCCAACAGCUGCAGUCUCCUCUGGACCCCACCGGUCAAUACCGGUGGCAAGCCUAUCACUGGAUAUUACGUGGAGAGGCGUGAACGCGGUGGCGAAUGGUUGAAAGUUAACAACUAUCCAACUCCAAAUACAACCUUUACCGUGCAAGACCUUCACGAAGGAUCGAAAUACGAAUUCCGAGUGAUUGCUGUUAACGAAGCAGGACCUGGUAAACCUAGCAAGCCUACCGAACCGAUCACUGCUGGACAUCAACGUCUACGUCCUGAUGCUCCCGAGCCACCGAAACCUGACAGAAUAACGAAGGAUUCCGUGACGCUUAGCUGGCGUCCACCGCGCAACGACGGUGGUGCCAAGAUCAGAGGAUACAUAAUCCAGAAGAAGACAAGAGCUCAGGACGAAUGGGACGACGUAAACGGUGCAUUGAUACCAACGAACGUUUACACGGUCCCGAAACUGACCGAAGGCGAAGAGUAUCUGUUCAGGGUGAUCGCGGUGAACGAUGUCGGCAAGAGCGAUCCGAGUCGCGCGAGCAAUCCGAUCGUUAUCGAGGAACAACCCAACAAACCCGUCAUGGAUCUUGGUGGAGUUCGCGAUAUCACCGUUCGUGCAGGCGAAGACUUCUCUAUUCACGUGCCAUACAUCGGUUUUCCGAAACCAACUGCCACCUGGUUCGCUAACGACGUUAUCAAAGAUGAAACCGACUCACGAGUACACCAACAGUUGGGUGAUGACUAUGCUAGCUUGGUGGUGAAGAAUUCGAAGCGUUCGGAUGGCGGUCAGUACCGUCUGCAGCUACGCAAUUCUUCCGGCUUCGACACGGCCACUGUGAACGUUAAAGUUCUCGAUCGUCCAAAUCCUCCCGUGAAUCUCCAUGCCGACGAAUUUGGCGGAGACGCUCUUACUCUCUUCUGGAAUCCACCGAAAGACAACGGUGGCGCCGAUAUUACCAACUACGUGGUCGAGAAACGAGAACCAAAAGGAACGUGGUCGAAGGUUAGCAGCUACAUCACAACACCGUUCGUCCGAGUAAGGAACCUGAUGGUGGGAAGCAUGUACGAAUUCCGGGUGAUGGCUGAGAAUCAAUACGGCACCUCGGAUCCUGUUACGACGAUGGAUCCGAUCAAGGCUAGACAUCCGUUCGAUCCACCUGGAGCACCUGGUACUCCAAGAGGCGUCGAAACCACCGAAGACAGCAUCACGAUUACCUGGACCAAGCCUCGUCACGAUGGAGGCUCUCCUAUUCUUGGAUACGUUAUCGAGAAACGACUUCUGAGCGAGGACAAAUGGGUGAAAGCCACCCCGUCUCUCGUUCACGAGACUACUUAUAGAGUGACUGGAUUGAUCGAAAAUCACGAUUACGAGUUCCGCGUAGCGGCUGAAAAUGCAGCUGGCCGUGGACCAUGGAGCUCCAAUUCCGACGUGAUCAGAGCCAGUGCACCGCCUUUCCCACCAAAGAUCACGUCCGAUCUGAGCAUUCGCGAUAUGACGGUGAUUGCCGGAGAACCGUUCACGAUAACGGUACCAUACACGGCAAAUCCAAAACCAAGACCAAGCUGGUCCAUCAACGGCGAAGAAGUCCUUACCGGAGAUAGGAUCAAAUUUGAUACCACGGACGUCGCCUCGCAAUUCAUCAACAAGAAAGCCAAGAGAUCCGACACGGGAACUUACACGAUUUAUCUGACGAACACCGUUGGCACAGACUCUGCUUCCUGCAAGGUUCUCGUUGUCGACAAACCAUCACCGCCGCAAGCACCUCUCGAUAUAUCCGACAUCACUCCCGAAACCUGCACGUUGUCUUGGAAACCACCGUUCGACGAUGGUGGUUCACCUGUCACGAAUUACGUUGUCGAGAAAUUGGAUCCGGCUGGCUAUUGGGUAAAACUGAGCAGUUUCGUGAGGAACACUCACUAUGACGUGAUCGGUCUGGAACCGAAUCGCACGUACAACUUCCGUGUUCGCGCGGAGAACCAGUACGGAAUAUCGGAUCCGUUACAAGCCGACGAACCGAUCACCGCCAAAUUCCCAUUCACGGUGCCCGAACCACCUGGACAACCGCGCGUUAUCGAUUGGGACACGUCGAAUGCGACAGUUGUAUGGACUCGACCCAUAUCCGACGGUGGAUCUCGUAUUCAGGGUUACAAGAUCGAAUUCCGCGAUCCUGCCGACGAUGCUCAAUGGCGAGUGGCAAACGACUACCUGGUCAAAGAUACAACUUACAUCUGUUACAAUCUCUUGAGUGGUCACGAGUACGAGUUUAGAAUAAGAGCAAAGAACGCUGCCGGCUUUAGCAAGCCUAGUCCACCUUCGGCACCGUUCAAAUUGAAGAGCAAGUUCAACGUACCUUCGCCUCCAGGUACACCACAGGUAGUUAAAGUUGGCAAGAACUACGUUGACCUGAAAUGGGAGGCUCCGGUAUCGGACGGUGGUAGCCGCAUCACUGGUUACAUAAUCGAGAAGCGCGAAGUCGGAAGCGCUCUUUGGGCAAAGUGCAACGAGUACAACGUGACCGAUACCGAGUACACCGUUUUGCAUCUGAUCGAGCGCGGCGACUACGAGUUCCGUAUAUUUGCGGUGAACGCUGCGGGAAGAUCCGAGCCGAGCUCUUGCACCACACCCGUCAAGAUCUGCGAGGUCGAAGGUGGGGAGAAACCAGAAUUUGUCAGGACUCUGCCGAUCAGUCAACACACACCGCUCGGAAAGAUGCUGGUACUCGAAUGCGAAGCUACCGGAAAGCCUUUGCCAACCGCCAGGUGGCUGAAAAACGGCAGAGAGAUCACGAUCGGUGGUCGUUUCCGAACAGAAGCGUUCGACGGUAUCUACAGGUUGAUUAUAUCAGAAGUAUGGGACGCGGACGCUGGCGAUUACAGUUGUCAAGUAUCGAAUCCGCUCGGUAUAGCUACGACAACGUGUUGGUUGAAGAUCGGUACUCCGCCUCGCAUCGAGCGCAUGCCGGAUGACUUGUACCUAGCCGAGGGAGAUAACACCAAGAUCAAGAUCUAUUACAGCGGCGAUCAACCGAUGGACGUUACUUUGAAAAAAGACGGGCACAAGGUGGUGGAAACGGGUCAUCUCAAGUACACGGUGUUCGACGAGUAUCUGAUCAUCUUUAUAAAGGAUAUUCUAAAGGAGGACGCUGGCGUUUACGAUCUGUCAAUAUCGAACGACAGCGGUAGCGUGAGCGGUUCCUUCAACGUCUACAUCACCGGUCUACCCGGACCGCCAACAGGACCUCUCGACGUCUCGGACAUUAAUAAACACACUUGCACGCUUUCCUGGCAUCCACCGAAAUUCGACGGCGGUUUACGCGUUACUCACUACGUGGUUGAACGUCGCGACGUCAGCCUCACACACUGGAUCAUCGUCUCCUCUUUCUGCAAGGACACCACCUUCAUGGUGCAAGGUCUGACGGAAGGACAGGAGUACCUCUUCCGCGUAAUGGCGGUGAACGAUAACGGAAUGGGACCUCCGCUCGAGGGUACCAAUCCGAUCAAAGCCAAGGCACCGUUCGAUCCUCCGGGUCCACCGGGAACCCCAAAGGUGAUCGAAGUCGGUGGAGACUUUGUGAACCUUUCGUGGGAGAAGCCAGAAACGGACGGCGGUUCGAAGAUCCAAGGAUACUGGAUCGACAAACGAGAAGCCGGCAGUCAAACCUGGCAACGCGUCAACAUCGUUAUCUGCCUGCCGACUCAGAUCAAUAUCAGCAACCUAAUCGAAGGAAGGCAGUACGAGUUCCGCGUGUUCGCACAGAACGCCGCUGGUCUCGGUCCAGAAUCGAAAGCUUCGACCUCGGUGAAGAUCACCGAUCCUCAAGCGGCCAAACCACCGGAAGUCAUUCAACCGUUGCACAAAGUCAACUGCGUGCAAUAUCACAACGCGCAAUUCCAAUGCAAGAUCAUCGGUACACCGAAACCGACUAUCACCUGGUUCAAGGGAGCACGCGAGAUCGUCAGCGGUUCCCGAUACAAUAUAUAUUCGGAGGGCGACGUGCACUAUCUGAUAAUCCACGACGUCUUCGGCGAAGACGCGGACGAGUACUUCUGCCGAGCGGUGAACAAGUGUGGCGUGAAAUCAACCAAAGGCGAAUUGUUGAUCAAGACACCGCCGAAACUGAACGUACCGCCUCGUUUCCGAGACACAGCAUUCUUCGACAAGGGCGUCAACGUCGUGAUCAAGAUUCCGUUCACCGGUUACCCGAAACCAAAGAUCAGCUGGGUCAGAGAAGGCGAGGUGAUCGAAUCCGGGGGACACUACACCGUCGAGGUGAAAGAGAGACACGCGGUCCUCACCAUCAUAGACGGCAGUCGAAUCGAUUCAGGUCCUUAUCGCAUCACCGCCGAAAACGAUCUAGGCCAAGACACGGCCAUCAUCAAGAUUCAGAUCAGCGAUCGUCCAGACCCGCCCAGAUUCCCACAGGUGGACAACAUUGGCCACGACUCGUUGGCCCUCAGCUGGAAACCACCGGUCUGGGACGGCGGCAGCAACAUCACCAAUUAUCUGGUCGAGAAGCGAGAACAUCCGAUGACCAGCUGGAUCCGAGUCGGAAAUACCAGAUUCUGCACGAUGGCGGUUACCGGACUCAGCCCUGGCCACCAAUACGACUUCAGAAUUUCCGCGGAGAACAUUUACGGCCGAUCGGACCCGAGCGAAGUAACGCCUCUGAUCACCACCAAGGGUACCGUCAAGAGGGAGUUCAAGAAGAAGGAAUACCCGGUGGACGAGUCCGGCAAGAAGAUUCGCGGACGAAGCGACGAGAAACCACGGGACUACGACCAAUUCGUGUUCGAUGUUUACAGCAAGUACGUGCCGCAGCCGGUUGAAAUCAAACACAUCUCGGUCUACGAUAGAUACGACAUUCUCGAGGAGAUUGGAACCGGCGCGUUCGGGGUGGUUCACCGUUGUCGCGAACGAGCCACCGGUAACAUCUUUGCCGCCAAAUUUAUCCCCGUAUCCCACGCGAUGGAGAAGGAACUGAUCAGGAAGGAAAUCGAUAUAAUGAAUCAGUUGCAUCAUCCGAAACUGAUCAAUCUUCACGACGCGUUCGAGGACGACGACGAAAUGGUGUUGAUAUUCGAAUUCUUAUCCGGCGGUGAACUGUUCGAGAGAAUCACGGCGGAAGGUUAUACCAUGUCGGAAGCCGAAGUGAUCAACUACAUGAGACAGAUUUGCGAGGCUGUAAAACAUAUGCACGAAAAGAACAUCAUACAUCUAGACAUCAAGCCCGAAAACAUCAUGUGCCAGACCCGAAACAGUACCAACGUGAAAUUAAUUGACUUUGGUUUGGCCACGAAACUCGACCCGAACGAGGUUGUUAAGAUCAGCACCGGUACGGCAGAAUUUGCUGCACCUGAAAUCGUUGAACGCGAACCAGUCGGCUUCUACACGGACAUGUGGGCUUGCGGUGUACUAGCCUACGUUUUGUUGAGCGGUCUGUCGCCGUUUGCCGGAGACAACGACAUCGAAACUCUGAAGAACGUUAAAGCCUGCGACUGGGACUUUGACGAAGAGGCAUUCCGCGACGUGUCCGAAGAAGGCAAGGACUUUAUCAGGCGGCUGCUCGUCAAGAACAAAGAGAAACGUAUGACCGCUCACGAGUGUCUCCUGCAUCCAUGGUUAACCGGUGAUCACAGUAAUCGUACGACUCCGAUCUCGAGCAGUCGAUACCUCAGAUUCAGGGACAGACUGCGAGCCAAGUACGAGAAUUGGGACAAAUACGUGCUUCCUAUCGGCCGAUUAGCCGAAUACUCUUCGUUGAGGAAAUUGUUGAUCGAGAAAUACAAGAUAUACGAUUCCUGUUUCGAUCGACGACAAGCAGCGCCAAGGUUUGUCAUCAAACCUACCAGCGCGUUCGCGUACGAGGGACAGAGCGUGAAAUUCACUUGCCGCGUGAUCGCGAUCGCCGCUCCGACCCUUACGUGGUUCCACAACAACCAGGAACUACGACAAUCUGUCAAAUUUAUGAAACGAUACCACGGCGACGACUACACCUUCAUCAUCAACCGAGUGAAACUAGAGGACAGAGGAGAAUACGUGAUCAGAGCGGAGAAUCAUUAUGGUUACAGAGAAGAAGUCGUCUUCCUGAACGUGCAACCGCUGCCUAUUCAGAUCCCGAAAUACAGGCCAGAACUGCAUCCAGUCCGAAGGAGAGAACCGCUUGGCUACAACGUUUGGAUGGAAACGAUCGAAUCGGCACCGAGCUUCACCUUCUUGCUUCGACCGCGUGUCAUUCAAGUCAGACAAACGUGCAAACUUCUCUGUUGCUUGAGCGGUAAUCCACCGCCGACGGUUAAAUGGUACAAGGACAGAGAAGAACUCUCGAAACAUCAUUAUGCGAUGACGAACGCGGACGGUGUGGUCACGAUGGAAAUAAUCGACUGUAAACCAGAAGACAGCGGCAAAUAUCGUUGCGUCGCGACGAACAAACACGGAAAGGAUGAAACUAGCUGCGUGGUCAUUGUCGAAGGCACCGGGGAAACCGAGGAGCAAGUUAAAUUAGCGCACGACCUCCUACAUUCCGGAGAUCGAAGAUUCAUCGAGCAACCGUUGAAACCAGCACCACCGCCGAUCAUAACGGUACACAAAUCCAGCGGAUACAGUGGAUACAGUUCCACCACCACGCAGGGUCAUAAUUAUAAUAGUUCUACCACCAAACAUAAUUCCACUACUUCCUCUUCGUCCUCCUAUAAAGCCACAGACUCCAGUACAGACAAACGAAGCGUCAAGAAAUAUGGACUCGAUGCCACCGGCAGCCCAUCCCGCUCUAGGAGUACGACCAAAGAACUAGCUUAUCCACCCGACGACUCGAUGAGACCGCCGCAGUUUACAAAAAAAUUGAGCGAUCUGACGAUCGGUGACGGAGAACAAUUGGAACUCAGCGCGAAAGUUGACGGUGAUCCAGAACCACAAAUUACCUGGUUAAAGAAUGGCAAGACGCUGAGCUCUUCAGAGAUCAUGAGUCUGAAAUACAAAGCCGGAGUUGCCACUCUCAUUAUCAACGAAGUCUUCCCCGAAGACGAAGGCGAAUACACUUGUCAGGCGAGUAACAGUAUCGGUACUGUAACUACCUCUUGCAAGUUGACCAUAAAACCGAUGACGAAUGCAGCGGCAAAGAAAAAGACCGACGACAAACCUCCACAAAUCGUGGACCAUUUAACGAGCAUGUUCGUAAAGGACGGCGAGGCCGUGAUCUUGAGCUGUCGAAUAAUAGGCGCGAAGAAAUUCGACGUGGUCUGGCUUCACAAUAACAAGGAAAUCAAACCUAGCAAGGACUUCCAAUACAGCAACGAGGCCAACAUCUAUAAACUGAACAUAGCCGAAAUCUUCCCCGAAGAUUCUGGUACUUACACCUGCGAGGCAUUCAAUGACGCAGGAGAGAGCUUCUCGUCGUGCACAUUAAAUGUACUUGUUCCAAACGAGGAACCGAAAAGUCCAGUUUUCACGACAUUCCCAAAAUCUGCAACGAUAGGCGAAGGCGAAUCGGUUACAUUCGUAUGCAAGACUGAAACCGCGCCUCUGAAAGUAACGUGGCUGAAAGACGGAAAAGCGCUCCCAGAGACCAGCAGCAGGUAUCUCUUCAGUUCAGACGGUGACAAAUCGUUCGAGUUGCGUAUUAAAGCGUGCACGGCCAGCGACGUGGGUCAGUACGUUGCUCGCGCGAUCGGCAAAAAGGGUGAAACCAAUGCUGCUUUUGCCCUAAACGUUACAAGUGCUAACGAACUGUGAAUUCACUGAUUUCGUACGUGAACAAAUCGCAACGCGACAAAGUUGGCAUCCACAACGUUAUCGAGAGAAAAUCAUGUAAAAAUGGACUGUACAAAUUUGUGACUCGCAAAUGAACGCGAUCAUAAAGAACGUGACGCUCGUGUAUAAAUGAGAAAUUGAAAAAACUAUUGUAUUUGCACUGUUCUAUAUGUAAAUUAUCCUUGGAACGCUGUACUUUCUUUUUGUGUGUUUAUCAUAUCGCAAAAACAAAAAAAUCAUGUCGUUAUAUGGUGAAGAAUAUGGCCAAGAAUCCAAAGCGUUAAAGAAUACGGAUAGCACGCGCAAUCUAUUACGCUAAUACGAGCUUUGCUGUAUACACGAAUUAGCAUAUUUUAAGUACAUACAAUAAUACAUAACGGCAGUACGAAAGGUAAGUCGAACCAGCAAUGGUUCGUUGUAGCCCGUCCCGGCAAGAUAGCCAGCAUCCUCGUCUAUUAGAACGUUAAAUAACAUCUUAUCCUGCCUGGACGACUAUAGUACGAAAUAAUUGAUAGUACUGCCGUAAUGUACGUCCUUAUUCCAUGUAAUCGUACGCACCGUCGUGUUAUACAUGUUUGAAGACUGCUUCCGUUACAAAAUUUACGAUAAAUAGAAAAUGAUUCUCAAAUAUAAAA